AUGAAGACAUUUACGGCUUUUCAGUCAGUGGGGGGAGCGGAGUUGCUGGCGGCGCUAGUAACCAGCGAGGGUCUCCAACCGGAGCUUGACGACCAGACGAGCGCUAGGUUCUUGACCUUUGCUGUGAAGGGCGAGGGCCAAGUGCACGCGGUGGCAUUAGGGUCGGAGGUCGAACUCCAGGAGCUCGAUGCCAAGCUCGAUGCCAAGCUCGAAGGCUCAGAUCUGGACCAGUGCAAGCUCCUGUUCGAAAGCAUAAGCAGACUCAAGGUUCUCAAGGUCCCGGAGCAAACCACUCCCCACUCUGUUGUUCGCAGCAGCCUGAAGAAGUUCUUAGAUGAGGAGACCGUGGAGACGGAGACCAGACGCCAGAUUUGGGUGGAUGCUUUCGGUAAGUGUCAAUCCGAGACUGAGCACACGGGCAACGAUAGGCACACGGGCGUUGCUGAGGAAACGGGCGAUGAUGAGCUACAAGUGUUUACGAGAAAGCUAAAGCGGAAAGAGCUGGAGCAUCUAUUGCCGAAAGUGCCAGAAGAGUGGUGGGAGGGGAUGCAAAGAUCGGCGGUCAGCUCGUGGACAGAGUGGUUGAACCUCGACGCCGUACGCGAUGGUUUCAAACGCUGCCCGUCACAAACGAAGCUGGCGUUGGCGGGCGGUGCGCUGCUUGGCGUGGUAGGGUGCUACUUGAACUUCCUUCCUGCCGGCGUGGGUGGCGCGUCCUCACGCCGCGCCCCCAUGGUUUUAGAAGAGCUGGUGCCUUGUGUCAAUGCGACCAACUUGAAAGGGGUGAGGUGUGUGGAUGGUGUCCCACUUUGCGUGACGCAUGCAGAAAAUCCUAAGCGGGGCUGUGUGCCGUUCGGCGCCGCGUUCGACCGUAGUACGUUAGAGCGGCUGACAUCCUCUGGGAUGUACAACAUUUGCCGCACGAGCAACAGUUGUGCAGUUGCUGACACAAAAGCGAGUAAGAAUAUCACGCUAACGAUUGGCAAGAUGAAGGAUGCCCGGUGGUGCGCCGACGAACUACACCAAGACGAGGCGUUGUGUGUCGACGGUGUUGGUUUAUGCGUGCUGGAUACAGGCGAUCCUGAGAAGAAGUGUUAUCAGAGGAGGAGCUUGCUGGAAGAUGGACGCGUUCUGGAAUACCUCUCCAAGCUCGUACCACCAGGGAAUGGUGUAGACGUUUGCCGGGUGAGAAGUGGAUGUCCGAUCCCGAGUUGCACGGACGAGACUAACUUGAAGCAUACCACGUGUGUCAAAGGUGUCCCUUAUUGCCUGACGAACAAAAGAGACGCUGGUAAGAGGUGCUUUCUGAUGGGGGCUAAGCUCAGACCCAGUCACAUCUUCUGGCUCAGUCGCCAAUUAGAGAGUCCGUUCGACGUCUGCCGGGCGAGUGGUACAUGCGGUGACGGAAGCCCCGUGGUUUGUGAUGUCCCUUGGCCGAUGCUGCUGACAAGAGUGGAAGCCCCCAUGGAUGCCUGUGACGGAGUAGACCUGGGGAACAGUCGAGAGCCUGCUCAUAUCCCCGAGACGUGUGCUGUCCCCCUUGGAGGGGCGUUUGCUUGUGUUCACUGGGACCCGAUUGCAAGUAGACACCGGGAGAAAUGUUUCAGUUACGGUGAUUCCGUCGGCGUGUCCUUCAAAAAAGUGCGACAUGAGCUGCAAAAGCUCCGUCCCGGGUUGGUGCGCUGUAGUCUGAAUCAUCCCUGCAAGACCUGA